GGAAACUGUAGUAUGGUAUGGUAAAGGUCUGUUGUCCGCAAUCAGGGGGAGUUCGGAAUUGAGAAAGUCGAGGAAGCGGCAUGUUUACUCUUUUCCUCUUCUUGCCCCCUCACUUUCCCUUUUGCUCAAGCUCUCUUUGCCCUUCUUCUUCAGAUUUUCUUGCAGCCUUUCAUCGAGGGUCUCCUUUGUUGUACUGGAGCCCAAGCCAAAAAAAAAACAGCCCACCAACAACUUCUCCUGGCACCGCUAAUCGGCCAUUCCUCUCAAUUUGCUCCCGAAAUGGACCGGUAACCGCUUCUUGACGGGUCGCGCGACAGUGCUUAGGGCUCUUCCUUUUUCUUGAUCGUCGAGGAGGCCCGCUUUCUCCUGAAUGCCAUUUACCGUCGGACCCUGACACGUCUGGGUUUCGUCUCUAAGUGGGCUGUCAAUUCGACGCGAAUCCGACUCUUCCACAGCCCACAAUGGAUUCUUGGACAAUGCCGACCAAACCGGCGCAGACUUCGGGGAGGGGUCCAAUGGGGACAACCCAAUCUCGGGGCUCCAAUCCAUCUAGACACGACGACUCGGGCUCUGGAGCCGAAACCCCAGCCCUUAGACGACUGCAAAAAGCCGCCUCAACUACCUUCCACAUGAAUACCACGACCAAUUUCGACUCGCAGUCCUCGAGGGACAUUGCAGGCCCGCGCUCAGGGGAAAUGGGUAGGAGAAGAUUGUCUAUCAGAGGUCCAAGGGCUCCUCAGGGGCCUCGCCCACAGGAUGCUUUGCGCGGGAGCAAACCCUCCGCCACUUAUUUCCACUCCGAGAGUUCCUCAAUUGAUUCUACAACGGAUUCAACAGUGCCACAUAAUCUUCGAUCUACAAGUGUAGGCAAUUUGUCGAAAGCAGACGCCAGCCAAGCCCCUCAAGCGGAAAGAAACGAAUUUCUAGCACCGAUCAGUUUCGAUGAUUUCCACAAUAGCAUCAUGGCCGAACCCAGUCUCAGUCAUUUCCCCAUGCCUGGUAAUGGCGCCCUGGGAUCUGAAAACAGGGACUCUGGGUUGUCUACAACCAGUUCUUGGACAACCCACAGCCAUGAGAGCGCUGCUUCGGAGCGGACGAGAGGCCCUACAUCUCGCCGAAAGAGCGAAGUCCACCGCUUCAAUGUUCAGACUCCUACGAAUUCAGGGCUAUCGGCUGCCUCUGCCAACUCGCGUAGCCGCCGCCAAAGUCUUGCUCAAACCUCUGCCGCGACCGCCGCCAGUACACGAGGAUCACGCAAGUCUAUAAGCUCGGGUGCUUUCGCGCCUACCAAUGCGUCUGCUAGGCGCGCCAGUCUCAGCGCUCGCAAAGUCAGCGUCGACACGACACGAAUUGAUACGAACAAUUUUCUUCGCCCACGGGCCCAGCAACCGAACCAGGGCCAGGAUGAGACCAAAGUUCCGUCUUCAGUCCGAAGCCUAAAGGCCAAAUCCUUCCAGCCAUCUCCACGCGAGCCACGCAGCGCGUUCUUGAACGCCGCUAGGACCACGGAUCAUACAAGGUCUUCUUCGACCAAUGCAGUUCGUACGCCGGUCAAGAAUCCCUCUGGGCCUAAUGUUGCAAACACGACACCUUCCUCAUCCUCCAAGCGCAUGUCUACCAUGCCUCAUGCGACCGGUUUGGGUGCCCGCACCGUCAGUCCUACAGACGCACGACGCAUGAAACGCAUGUCAAUCGCGCCUCCUGCGCCACCCAUGCCGCAUACCCCUCCCACGCAGCAGACGGAGCCUCUUCCCACCCGACCAAUAUCCACAAAUCAAUCCCCGUCAUUUAUUCCGAGGAAGAGCGUCACCCCUUCCUCUAACCGAACAACUCCUGAUCCGAAUCGCAAGUCAUACAGUUCAGGGCUAUCGUUGUCAUCGAACACUAGCUACAAUUCUGUUCGAAACUCUGGAAGUUCGCUCCAGCCUCGUCUUUCUCAGAAUUUCUCCUCAUCACGGCUACCAACCCCCAAACCGCGCACGGAGCAAGCCUCCAAGGAUUCGGAGGAAGAGGUGCCCCCAGUCCCCGCAAUCCCCAAAGCAUACGAAUCCCCCAAGGCCGAGCUUGAUGCGCCAGUCUUUCCUACGCCUAGAAAGUCAAGCUUGCCGGUUGAUAUUAGUCUUCUCAACAUUGCGCGAGACUCGGAUUCUGAUGCCCUCGGCGGCCUUGGUGUGACUGUAGGCGACAAUGCUGACAUCACUAAUGGCCGGGUCACAAAAACCCCAGAGUCCCGGACGCGGACUUCGACAGUGCUAGGUCGCAAGGGUCUGCAGCCAUUGAAGCUGCCGCCUCUGAACCUGCUUCCUCUGGGGACUCCAAUGACAACGAAGAUUGAGGCACUGAGAGACAGAGAAGCCGAGGAUAGGAAAGCCCAGACCCCUUCCAACCAAGUCAUGUCAAAGACACCCAGUACCCCCAUGACUGCCUCCAAGGCGAACUUCUGGUAUCGUGAUGAGGAUGACAAGGGCCCAGCAACUCAAGUUCGCAGCAGCACGUCGCACUUUGCACUUAGCUCCGUCUCCACAGCCGGAUUGCGCGCGGCCAGCAGCACCAGUGCCUUUGGCCCUACAGAUACGCCCAAUGGCACUCGAAACAUCUCGCCGUACGCCUCAUAUACGCUUCCAAAGUCCGGCUCCGAGUUCAAUGCUCUCCGUCAUCAGGCUAGCGGGGAUUAUUCCAACCGAGUCUCUCAGUCCUACAAGAUCACUGGGCCUCGACCUCAGACCCAGAGCGCCAUUUUCGCACCAUCCUCUGAGAGACUUAGCCAAAUCUCGACGCCAUCCGAGCCUGAAAGUACCACGGUGGUGCCGGCUUCCACUCUGAAAGAUCGCCUGAAUGUGGCUCGCCUGCGCAGCAAUUCCAAGGCAAAUCUUGCAGCCGAAGCUGAAGCCGACCGUGCCAAGUAUGAUAAUAUGCCGCCACCAAAACUUCCGGCUUCUGCAACAUGGAAUAACCUCUCUUCCGUGACUUCGACUAGCCCUGUUACGAAGACCUCGUAUCUCAAGCCUCGGCGCCAAUCCUCCGUUUCGAGUAUCACCAAACAGUCUGCCCCUCGCAAACCAAGUGUGAGCAGCGAUCGAAGCCUUCCCCUCGAGCACACUAUGACCAACGAGUCCACGGGCAGCGACCAUUCUCACAACCGUGCUGCUGGCAACUAUGUUUCCUCUGUCCAUAAGAUUAUUAGCAGUGCUCGAUCCAGUGCGGCCGCUACUUCACGCACAGUCAAUGCCAGCGUCGACGCAGAUACAGUUAUCGCGGAUGAAGAGAUGAGGCGGUUGGGUGCGAAGCGGAAGGACUUUGAGACUGCGGCUAAGCAAUUAGAUGAAUUGCGCCGCAAGGCCGGGCCAAAGGAUCGUGUCAGUCCAGCUCAGGCACUCAAGAUGGCAAACUUGAAUAUCUUUGAGCGUGGUGAGAUCAUUGACUACAGGGACAUCUUCUUCUGUGGCACGCAGAAUGCGAAGAAGCACGUGGGAGAUCUCCACUCGGGCGCUGCGAAUUUUGGCUAUGACGACGACCGUGGAGACUAUAACAUUGUGAUUGGUGAUCAUCUCGCCUAUCGCUAUGAGGUGGUGGAUGUGCUAGGCAAGGGAAGUUUCGGACAAGUGGUGCGCUGUGUUGACCACAAGACUGGGGCUUUGGUGGCUGUCAAGAUUAUUCGCAACAAGAAGCGAUUCCACCAGCAAGCUCUCAUUGAGGUCAAUCUCCUCAAGAAGCUUAAGGAUUGGGAUUCUGAGCGCCGGCACAGCGUGGUCGCUUUCGACCAAAGUUUCUACUUCCGUGGUCAUUUGUGCAUCUCCACCGAGCUCUUGGGCAUGAAUCUUUAUGAAUUCAUCAAGGCGCACGACUUCCGCGGGUUCUCGCUGAAGCUUAUUCGCCGCUUCACCAAACAGAUGCUCAGCAGUCUGGUUCUGUUGCACGCUAAGAAGGUCAUUCACUGCGAUCUGAAGCCCGAGAACAUCCUUCUUGUUCACCCGUUGAACUCGGAGAUUCGAGUCAUUGACUUUGGGUCAAGUUGCUUUGAAAAUGAAAAGGUCUACACCUACAUCCAGAGUCGUUUCUAUCGCUCUCCGGAAGUCAUUCUGGGUAUGUCGUACGGCAUGCCCAUCGACAUGUGGAGCUUGGGCUGUAUUCUAGCUGAAUUGCUUACCGGCUAUCCAAUUUUCCCGGGUGAGAACGAACAGGAACAGCUGGCUUGCAUCAUGGAGGUCUUUGGCCCUCCCGAAAAGCAUCUGAUUGAAAAGAGUACUCGCAAGAAGUUGUUCUUUGAUUCUCUCGGCAAGCCGCGCUUGACUGUUUCGUCUAAGGGUCGCCGUCGCCGUCCUAGCUCCAAGGACCUUCGGCAAGUUCUCAAGUGCGACGAUGAGGCCUUCUUGGACUUCCUCUCUCGUUGUCUCCGCUGGGAUCCCACUCGUCGACUGAGCCCCCAUGACGCGUUGAAACAUGAGUUCAUCACCGGUGUCAAGUCGUCCACUCGACCUCGGAUGUAUGCCGCCGCUUCACCUUCCAAGCGAGGAGCCUCGACCUCCAGUUCGCGUCCGCUGCCCGAGCCUCCCGGUGGCACUCUGAAGAGUGCUCGCACUCGCGAUGUCUCGGGCACAUCCCCGGUCAAGGGCAGCAGUGCGAAACGGCACUCAACGGUCACCGGUCUGCCGCCCUCCAGCCCCGCUAAACGAGGUUCAAACACUUCCACGAUCUCCGGGACUGGACUGCCCCGUGCCUCAGCACGUAGUAUCAGUGGGAAGCCAGACCUCGCCACGGCGGCGGCUGCAACCAGCCUUAGGAGCAAAUAAGCCGUCUUCUUUCUUUGCCCUCGCCUCCCUUCCCAUUCCAUAAUCCUGAUCCUAUCCCUGGAUCCCCAUUCCCCUUGUCCAUUUCCUACUUUUCCCUUUUCCCUUUUCCUCAUAUAAUCAUAAUUGCUCUGGUUCUCUAUUCGUUUGGCUUGUUUUAUUCUCAUGCAUCAGGUGGUAUGUCAUGUCAGCUUACGUUGGUCUGGUUCGGUGAACCCAUGGAGAUGAAAAUGGACGACAUGCAUCCUAUACCCAUUUUAUGUUCGUUGAUAGCAUUUGCAUCUGGGCCCUGAUAUGAUUAUUUGUGAAAGGGUAUUGCGUCCAUGUCCUCCCAUUCUCACGUUCGCUUUUUCUUACUAUAUGACGACCCCCCCCCCCCCCUUCCCCUUUUCAUCAGGACUCCCUUUCCGGUCCUGCUAUUUGUACAUUUUUUUUUCUUUAUCUUAUCUCCUUGCAUCUCUCCUCGAGGGUUUCACUUCAUGAUGAAGUUGAACGAAUCGUGGAGAGCAUUCGGAUUGGCAAUUAAGCUUGCAUUUGCUAUUCUCAAAUACACUUUUACCAUUUUUGUACAGUAGUGAUAUACUUUUAAAAUGAAGCAUCCCUCAUCAUAGAUGAUUUUUCAGGUCGA